AAGCGUCGAGCGAAAUACGAAGUCCACCGUAAAGAUGGCAGCCGGGCACUGGCGUUGGCUGGGCAGGACGGGGGUUUCCCUGGGCUUCGGGGGCUGCAGAGGAUCUCAUUCGGGGGCUGGAGUCUCCCUGAAGCGGGAGUACGACGCCGUCGUGAUAGGGGCAGGGCACAAUGGACUGGUGGCUGCUGCCUACUUGCAAAAAGGGGGACUGAAGACUGCUGUGCUGGAAAGAAGGCACCUGGUGGGGGGUGCUGCGGUUACAGAGGAGAUUAUCCCAGGAUUUCGCUUCUCGAGGGCCUCUUACCUGCUUAGUCUGCUAAGACCUCAGAUUUAUACAGAGCUGGAGCUGAAGAGGUAUGGUUUAAAAGUGCUGCCACGUGACCCUUAUUCCUUCACUCCAUUGUUGGGGGACAGUCAGGGUGGAAAAGUGCCCCCCUCAUUGCUGCUUGGCCACAACAUGGCUGAGACCCAGAGCCAGAUUGCUCAGUUCUCUGCCAAGGAUGCUGAGACCUUUCCCAAGUAUGAAGCCUUCAUGAGGCGCCUUGUGUUAGCUAUAGACCCUUUGCUUGAUACUUGCCCUGUGGACGUGGCUGCCCUCGGCCAGGGAUCCCUGCGUGAGCGACUGGGAGCCUUGCGAGGCUUGAAGAGCUUGCUCUCUGCAGGCUUUGUCCUGGGGAAAGAUCUUCCCCGAUACUAUGAAGUCCUCACAGCCCCCAUUUCCAAGAUCUUGGAUUUCUGGUUUGAGUCCGAGCCCUUGAAAGCAACUUUGGCAACGGAUGCGGUGAUUGGUGCCAUGGCUGGUCCCCACACACCAGGCAAUGGGUAUGUGCUGCUGCACCAUGUGAUGGGGGAGAUAGAGGGGCACCAGGGGGCCUGGGGCUACGUGACGGGUGGCAUGGGCGCUGUUUCCCAGGCCUUGGCCCGUGCUGCCACUGCACUGGGGGCCGAGAUCUUCACUGAGAAGUUGGUUGCCCAGAUCCUGAGCUGUGAUGGAAAGGUACACGGUGUGUGCCUCCAGGAUGGGACCGAAGUGAAGAGCUGCCUGGUGCUGUCCAAUGCCUCUCCUCAGCAUACCUUCCUGGAUUUGACCCCCCAGGAGUUCUUGCCCCCAGAGUUUGUCCAAAGAAUCUCACAGUUUGAUACACGUUCUCCAGUCACCAAGAUCAAUGUGGCUGUGGAUCAGUUGCCCAAUUUCUUAGCUGUUCCAAACACCAGUGAUGGCCACCCGUCACCCCAUCAUCAGUGCUCUAUCCACCUCAACUGUGAAGACAUGGGUACUGUGCAGCAAGCUUUUGAGGAUGCCUGCCAGGGGACGCCAUCUAACAGGCCUAUAAUAGAAAUGUGCAUUCCAUCUGCCCUGGACCCUACUCUGGCUCCCCCAGGCUGCCAUGUGAUCUCUCUCUUCACCCAGUACACCCCCUAUAUGCUGGCUGGAGGGAAGCAGUGGGAUGAUCAAGAGCGUGAAGCCUACGCCGACCAAGUAUUUGAUUGGAUUGAAGCCUAUGCACCUGGGUUCAAAGCCUCUGUCAUUGGCAGAGAUAUUCUUACACCUCCAGACCUUGAACGGAUCUUUGGACUACCUGGUGGAAAUAUAUUCCAUGGAGCCAUGUCUUUAGACCAGCUGUAUUUUGCCCGGCCAGUGCCCUCCUAUUCCAAUUACCGGUCCCCAAUCCAAGGCCUGUAUCUCUGUGGGAGUGGGACUCACCCUGGAGGAGGUGUAAUGGGAGCUGCGGGGCGCAAUGCUGCUAAAACAGCCCUGGGAGAUUUCAAGAAGCUGUGACUCAUUAGGAAUGAGUGGCUGCUGUGGUUUAGGAGAAGAGACCCCCCACCAGUUUGUGGCCUAAGAAGUGAAUUGCUGUCAAGUGGAAACCCGGCAACCUUUCAAGGCUUGCCAUCCUGAAGACUCGUUGCUCUUGGCAUGACACUCUUACAAAGCAAGAGAUGAGCAACACUCCUUCGGUCAUAUCCAAGUAUGUUCCCAUCAUGUUAGUUGUGCUCUUUGCCAUUCCAGACCCAGUGUAAUGGACUGGCCAACACUCUCCUUUUUGCUAUCUUAUUGAUUAAACUGGAGCUAUGCUUUCUUGCCAUGGCCGUUUCCUGCAGGAGAACCUCUUCUUUUUACCUUUGGCUGGUUCUGAGAUGGAGCCUGUCACACCUGCUGUAAGAAGCAGAGGGCAAGGUUCAGGGUCAUGACAAAAGCUAGCUUCUGUGUAGUCGCUAUUCCUUGGCCUGUAAUAUACUGAGCCUUGCUGGAUUCAGAGCUUCUCAAUAAUGAUCCGCAGUACUACAAUUUCUUCUGGAAUCCAUUGAUCUGCUCCUGAGUUUGCAAAGUGGGACUUCUGGGUUUCUGUCCAUCAGCAUGUUACAAGAUGGGCAUUCCAGAUCCAACCACUGAGCUGCCUCUAAACAGCUUAAAAUGUGGACAUUUGAUGGUCUCUACAUGCUGGGGAAUAAGGCCAAGUUCUGAUCAGUCUCACCUUAGCAAAGUGAUGAGAAGAGUCUGUUGCCAUUCAUGUCAUCUGACCUUGUGCUCCCUAUCCAAAGCUGGACAUGCCUGACUGAGCCCCAGACCUAAAGAGCCAUAUUUCUCACUAGCAAAGAGCAGCUGCUUGCAAACACCUCUCUGCAGUCGGACUGCAAAUCUAACUGGGAAGUGGCCAAAAGCCAGCAGCCUUCUCUGUAGCAGGGCCUUGGUUGGGCUUUGUGGGCAGGGUGCUCUAUCUGAAUCAAAAAUCACUUGAGCCGGAGUACUUGGCUUUCAUCCAGCUCCAUUCCUUUGAAAUCAAUGGGGAUAAAUCAGCUUAAAUCUAAAUACUCCACUUUAAUUGGCACGUGGACUGCAGCCAAAGAGUGUUGACACAAUAAAGAAAAUCAAUAAGUAACUUUCCUCCCUAGCUAUGAUGGAUUGCUUUCAUGUGAAGAAAUGAUGGUUAAAUCAUUGCCAGCUGUAUACUUAGAAAAUGUGUGUCCAAAGAUUAAAGAGGUAAAAAAUAAA